GCCGUCAUUAAUUAUUUGAUGCUGACUGUAGGUACGUAAAUAUUGUUAGACUAAGAGUGAGUCAAAUUUUUUAACGUUGAUUUGUGAUUAUUGUUUCAGAGUGAUGACUCAGAUGCGAGACUUGGGUGUUGUGGCGUUUUUCGGCCCCGAUGACACGUGCCAUACUGAGGCGAAGCUGGCGGCAGCUUGGAACCUACCGCUUAUAUCCCAUAAAUGUGCGGAUGACAGCCCAAAGCGCGAUGACAGAGCAACGGACCGUGAAGCGGGCGUAAGCCUGGGCGUUACGUUCGCGCGGACUCUGCCCCCGGCCUUCAAGAUCAGCAAGUCCGUCAUGGCCCUGUUGAAGGCUUUCAAUUGGAAUAAGUUCGCUAUUGUGGCUGGCGAAGGGGUCGCAGCGCAACAGAAGGACGCUAUUAAGAAACUGGCAACGCACAAUGACAUGAUAGUAACGGCUGAACACAAUUUUCCUUACUACAUUCCCUUGAACAUAUCCAACAUGGAGAAAAUAGUGGACCAAACCUACGACAAGACUAGAGUGUACGUGUUUCUGGGCGAGCAUAUAGCGCUGGUGGAUUUCGUGACGGUGCUGCAGCGCCGCGGGCUACUGCAGACCGGCGACUACGCCGUGGUUGCGGUCGACGACGAGAUAUACGACCCGAGCACCUCCGCCAUCGCCCAUGCUGAUCAUCUGGGUCAAAAUAGCAGUAGCGACGUCAUGGCUUUCAGAGCUGUACUCAAGCUUACGCCAUCAUUUCCAACGAAUCCUAUUUAUGAGGAGCUGUGUCAGAUGAUUCGCAACCACUCGGCGGCGCCUCCGUUCUGCGUGCCUAACUACCACAAGCUCUACGAAGACGCCUCUGUACCAAUAGAAGCUGCUCAUCUGUAUGACGCAGUGGUACUCUGGGCCAGGGCCGCCACCGCCGCGAUGCGGGCGGGGCUCCCGGCUACCGACGGCGCCACCCUGAUGAAGCUCCUUCGACCCACUACCUACCGUUCUGUUCAGGGAUUUGAUGUCUAUAUGGACAGCGCAGGCGACGCCGAGGGCAACUUCACGGUCAUAGGGCUGGUGGAAGAUGAGACGGCUCCAGGAGGAUGGAGGGCUGCGCCGGUAGCUACCUUCCGAUACGCCAACUCUUCAGACAUGCUACCGGAAUUGGUGGGAGCCAACAAAAUCGUUUGGCUGAACGGACAGCCGCCGGCAGCCGAGCCGCCCUGCGGCUUCGACAGAUCGAAGUGCUCCCUCCCUCACGACCCGGGUGUACUAGCGGCCAUCAUCGCGGUUGCUGCUGCAGCCAUACUUGCGCUCGCGCUGCUGCUAAGGCAUUACAGAUACGAACAGAAGCUGGCCAGUGUGCUUUGGAGAAUCGAGGCGAAGGACCUGACGUUUAUAAUGGCGUGCAAUGAUGGGGAUAAGACGUUAAACCCUCAAGACAACGAAGCGAGACGAGCGCACACGACCAUCGCUAUGUACAGAAGCAACAUAGUGGCUGUCAAGAGGCUGCAGAAGAAGAGUAUCGACGUUACUCGAGCUAUUAAGAAGGAGUUAAAACAGAUUCGCGAACUUCGUCACGAAAAUAUCAACGCGUUCGUCGGUGUUUGCGUGGAAGCCGGUUCCACGUGCAUCGUGUCGGCUUACUGCUCCCGCGGCUCACUGGCCAGGGUGCUGGCUGACCGUGACCUGCACCUGGAUGACAUGUUCGUGGCCAGCCUGGUGGCGGAUCUGCUACGGGGACUAACGUACCUGCACGAUUCAGCACUCGUCUCGCAUGGGAACCUCACGAGUAGCAACUGCCUUGUAGACAGCCGAUGGGUACUGCAGAUUGCCGACUAUGGACUGCAUAAUCUCAAGUAUGGCUGCGCCGACGCGGAAGACGCACUGCGCAUGGAACGGCGCAUGCUCUGGCGCGCGCCCGAACUGCUCCGCGAUCCGAACCCCCCCUCCCGCGGCUCGCAGAAGGGGGACGUGUACUCCUUUGGUAUCAUUCUGUAUGAGAUACUGGGGAGGAACGGACCGUGGGGCGAUACCAAUCUGACAAAUGCUGAGAUAAUCGGCAGAGUCCGGCAGCCGAUUGGCGGCGUCCUCUUCAGGCCACCGAUGAGCGGCUUAGCGGCAAGACCGUCAGUCCUAGCCGUCCUGAACGCGUGCUGGAGCGAGCGCCCUGACCGACGACCUGACUUACGGCUAGUUCGACUCAGGCUCAAGGAUAUGCAUGCUGGCAUGAAAACGAACAUAUUUGACAACAUGCUGGCCAUGAUGGAGAAGUACGCAAGUAACCUUGAAGCGCUGGUGGCGGCCAGGACUGAACAGCUCCUCCAGGAGAAGCGACGGACGGAUGACCUGCUGCACAGAAUGCUGCCCAGGACAGUGGCUGAGGCCCUGAAGCGAGGCGAGAGGGUUCAGGCGGAGAGCUACGACUGCGUCACAAUAUACUUCAGCGACAUCGUGGGCUUCACCAACCUGGCGGCAACCAACACGCCUAUGCAGGUGGUGGAAAUUCUGAACGACUUAUACACAUGCUGUGACGCCAUCAUAUCAUAUUACAACGUUUACAAGGUGGAGACAAUAGGUGACGCAUACAUGGUGGUUGGGGGCGUACCGGAGCGAUGCUCGCGACACGCUGCCGAGGUAGCAUCGCUCGCGCUUCACGUGCUGGAUGCGGUGCCUAAGAUACGAAUGAGGAAUAUGCCAGCUGCCCGACUUCAUAUACGAAUUGGUAUACACAGUGGGCAGUGCGCCGCGGGCGUUGUGGGUGUUAAAAUGCCUCGUUACUGCCUGUUCGGGGACACGGUCAACACUGCAGCACGCAUGGAAUCCAGCGGGGAACCUCAGAGGAUCCACGUCAGCAACGACACGUACAAGCUGCUGCGGCAGCAUGGCGGGUACCAUUUCAAGGAGAGGGGGAUUGUCAAUAUCAAGGGUAAGGGCGACAUGAAAACAUGGUGGCUGGUCGGAGAGGACCAUGAGAGAAGAAAAAACUCUCUAUUCCGAUAUCGAGCAGAAGCAUCGCUGCAAUGGCCUCAAGCAUACCACUUUAAGGCAACUCUAAAAAUACCGUCAGCAAACGUGAUAGAACCUUAUGAGGUCUGGUCUAAUGGCGUGGAAGGACAUCACAGAUUUGACUUCUACAAGGGAAUGUCUAAAAUGUACCAGAAACGACACGGGAAAGUGAAUAAUGUCGUCCAAUUCCAAUACUAUUGGGUAACCCCCGAUCCGACGAAUGUCAAUCAAAACGAUAAAGUUUGUCGCCAACUAAGCGCGAACUCGAGCGAGGUAAAGCGGCUUUACCACUAUUUGCCGCCUAUGUACAACUAUAAGGAAACAGGUCCUGAUGUCAAUCAUACGACAAAAUGGGAGUACCAAUAUACCCAGAAGCAAUAUGGCGCAGUUUUCAAAUAUGCUCUCUGGACUACGGGAAACACCAAUGAAUGGGUACCUGUGAGAUAUGAGUACAGGAUGUUUUAUAAAGGCGUCGAGUGCGAUUUUAUUCAGCAUGUAUAUGAAUACUUCAGCCGCUCCAAACCAGACGCCGAUGUGUAUAAAAUCCCACGUGAUCUUCGAUGCAAUUCUCCUUCUGCAAGAAACCCUGGAAGAGAUAUUGAACACCAUUUAGAUCUAGAAAGCCCUAUUUUGCAACAAAACAUGACGGAGUUAUUUGAAAGAUUCAAGUUGGCACAUAAUAAGCAAUACAAAAAUACCGAAGAACACUUUAUGAGGUUAUCUGUGUUCCUGAAUAAUGUCAGAUACAUACAGUCUGUCAACAGCCAACAAGGAUCUUACAAAUUAGCUAUCAACCAAUUUGCAGACUUAACAGAAGACGAGUUGGCAUUGUUAGCCGGUACUAAAUUCAAACCGGAAAUUGUCAAUUUGACGCAAAGUUUUUUAGACAAUGACGAUAACAUUAAGGACAGUAAGGACUUCGAUUGGAGAUCGUAUGAUGCAGUGACGUCAGUUAAAGAUCAGACAUUUUUAUGCGGAAGUUGCUACGCGUUUACAGUCGCUGCAGCCAUCGAGUCUGCAGCAUACAUCACUAACGGCUGUAACAAUUUGGUAGAAGCCAGCGAACAAGCAAUCAUAGACUGUUCGACGGGCAAGAAUGGAAAUGGCAACCAGGGAUGUAAUGGUGGAGUUUUGAGUUCUAGCCUACAAUGGGUCAAAAAGAAUGGCAUUCCCUUAAGAAAAGACUAUGGGCCAUAUUUGGCAAUGGAGGGAUAUUGUCACUUGAAACAAACACAAUUAAUGCAUAUACACAAUUACAUAAGAUUGCCGAACGAAAUCAAGACGAUAAAGGCCGCUCUACGCCAGCACGGUCCUUUGGCGACCGUAAUGCAUGUGCCAAGGUCGUUAUAUUACUAUCGCUCUGGAUUAUACGACGACAAGACCUGUUUAUCUGUCCCAGGAAGUCAAACGCACGCUGUGCUCAUAGUAGGCUAUGGGAAAGAAAACGGUAAAAGGUACUGGCUGGUGAAAAACUCAUGGGGCGCUCGAUGGGGUGACGAAGGCUACUUCAAACUGGAUAUGGAGAAGAACUUGUGUGGAAUUACGAAUCUGGUAUACGCUGUUGUUGAUCCGAAAUCGCUUAGGAAACAAUGUAAGGUGGUUAGCUUUGGAGUGGAAGAAUAAAACGAAAGGUAUAAAAUAGUUUAAGUACUUGGAAAGGUUUUAGGUUGUACUUGGUAAGCUGAUAUAAGAGCUUUUUGAGCAACUUGUGUGCACCCAUAUUUUUACACUUAAUUGUACCUGUUAUACCCCUUAACGGAUAAUUAGUAACCACGGAACAGUUUUGUUUCUUGACGAUAAAAUAAUAAAUUCUCUAGUGCUUCAUAUUUUAUAUAUUGAUUAUCUUAAAUUUAACUGUCUUUAAUAAAAAAAAAGUAUUAUAUUUAGGAUUUGAUUUUUCUUUUCAUGAAUUUGUAAGUAAGUAAUAAUACGUUUUUUUUAAUGGUAGACUGACAUAGUGUUAAGUAAUUUUAAAUUAAAUACAGCACUCAUUAACGUUUAUAAAUAGCUUUGUAACAAAACAUUUGCUUUUUAUAUCGUUGUAAUUAAAAUUUGUUCUGUAUUUCUGGGUUUUAUUUUAGGUGAUUUUCCCUUAACAGCCUUACACAUAAAUGCCUUACCAAGUGAUUAACUACUAAGUCGUAGUACGUAGGUAGUCGUAAUACAGUAAAAAGCAAUGCAUUCCUCGUUUUUGUCCAAUACAAUUAAUAGGGGUAUUAUUUAGUGAAAUAUUUUGUUUUAUGCUAUUUUUAGGAAACAUUAAACCUAUAAAUUAUAAACUGAAAUAGACGUCUUAUCAUUACAGCUAGACUGAAAAAGUGACAAAAGGCGACUAGUGCCACUACUGCCCGAGGCCAAAUUCCUUGUCUUGUGGGGGCGGGCUUGAUCACGUUCUUUAGGAAUCAUUUAGAAAUAAGUAGAAUCGUUUCCGACGAAAUAAGUAAAUAUUAGUAUAGGACAUUAUUACACAAAUUGACUAAGCUUAAGGACUUGUGAUGUGGCCAAGUGAGACAACGAUCUCAUAUACAGGGUGGAAAAUAUGUAUGGGUCCUGGACGGCGUUUCUAAACUAGUUACUUUAAAUCAUUUAGCUAGCUCAUUUUACUAAAAAUAAAUAUUCCUUUAUUUUUAAAAAGAAACAAAACUGCAUUCAAAGAUCUUCUAAAAUUUGCUUGCCUCACCCGAG